ACAGAGUAUUCCCCAAGUAAACUUCAAAUUACCCAACCACACCAAGAACUCAACUUCCAAAACCAACGCAAAUACGCCGCCAUGGAUUCAACUUCUUCUUAUUACUCACGAUCGCCGUCGUACACACCGUCGUCUCCUCUUCAAUACACACCAGAGUCGUCGUCGUCUCCGAAUCAGUACUACGCUAUGGAGUCAACAUCUUCUAAUUACUUACGAUCACCAUCAUACACGCUAUGGUCUCCUCAUGAGUAUGCACCGGAAUCGCCAGAAUACACGCCAUCGUCGCCACCUAAAUCACCGGAGUACACGCCAUCAUCACCACCUAAGUCACCGGAGUACACGCCAUCAUCACCACCAAAGUCACCGGAGUACACACCAUCAUCACCACCAAAGUCACCGGAGUACACGCCAUUGUCGCCACCAUCAUCACCAGAGUACGUGCCAUCCUCUCCAAACUACUCGCCAGAAUCACCAGAGUAUGUCCAAUUCUCUCCAGUUUAUUCGCCCGAGAGUCCUGAAUACUCGCCGGAAUCUCCGUCGUACAACCCACCUUCUCCAGUCUAUACACCAGCGUCCCCUGAAUAUUCUCCGGGAUCUCCAAUUUACACGCCAGCAUCCCCCGUUUACUCGCCGGAGUCUCCAUUCUACACACCAGCGUCCCCUGUCUACACACCAGGGUCCCCUGUUUACUCGCCGGAGUCUCCAAUCUACACACCAGGGUCCCCUGUUUACUCGCCAGCAUCCCCUGUUUACUCGCCGGAUUCUCCAAUAUAUACGCCAGCAUCUCCUGUUUACUCGCCGGAAUCUCAAGUGGACACGCCAGCAUCCCCCGUUUAUUCGCCGGAAUCUCCAAUCUACACGCCAGCAUCUCCUGUUUACUCGCCGGAAUCUCCAAUCUACACGCCAGCAUCUCCUGUUAACUCGCCGGAAUCUCCAAUUUAUACGCCAGCAUCCCCUGUUUAUUCGCCGUACUCUUCUGCGGCAUAUAGAUGGUAGAGAAAGGGUAGCAAACCAACAACUAGCAAGGCGAUCUAUGUCUGACGAGACAAUGUGACAUGUAGUUUGAAACAGUCAGAUUAUUUAAUACUAACUCUGUUCUGUUUUAGUUGCAAUUUUAUUUUACUGUUCACCCAAUAUUUUUGGUUGU